AUGGCCAAUCACGUACGCGACGGAGGGUCCCGUGACCUUGGCCCUUCCCGGUUGCUUGCGACACCUGCCGGCGCCUUCCUGAAAUGGCCCGAGACGCGAGGCCCUGCUCUGGUCGCCCACGCGCAUGCCGAUCUCCACUUCGAACUGGGCUCCACAAAGGAGACGCCCGGAUUAGCAGCUCGGCAACGCAAAAGUUUCCUUGUCACUGCACAAUUCCUGGCAGCGAUAUCAGGGUUGUGCAUUCAAAGUAGUCAUUUAUGGGCUCAUGCAUGUCAUGUAAAGUUGGGAAGGAAGCGUAUCCCUAUACCACGUCAACAGCAGUUCGCACGUAUCCUCAUUACCUCAGCAUGGAACAUGGAAGACUCUACUCAUUCAGACAGCAAGGGCGUCCCCAAGCGGAACAUCCCGUACACGAGAGGGCAAGCCACGUUGUUCGGCUUCAAGCGGCGUCCGGCCACUGCGCCCAGCGCCACGUCCACCCCGCUGCUAGACAAUGCGCCGUCGCCCGCCGCCAACGCCCCUUUCCUCAACAGCAACAGGAGCAACCUGUGCCCGCCCCAGGAGGAGGAGCAGCUGAGCAAUGUCAGCCCCAUCUCGUCCAACAAGUCCACCCCCCGGCUGGCUCGCCCCAAGAAAGAUCUCGAUGGCACAAACAACGUCAGAACCAACAGAUUCGGUUUCCGUUCGGCCGCGCCGCUUGCCGUUACGAACAAGGUGGCCGAUUCCAAUUGUAACGUGUUGCCGCCGUCUCAUUUGAGUCAUCCCAAUAUAGACAGACCGAACGUAACCAGCACAGACAAGCCGAGAGCCAAAGGAGGCGGGAAAAUUCCGCAGCCGAGAGGUGUGGAAUCGGCGAUUCCUGUGCCUGGAGCAGUAAGUGAACCCCCGAGAAAUAAAAACAAGCCGCCCGCGGCGAAACCGGAAGUAGCCAGUGAGCCUGUGCAGGCCCAAGCCACGAGAUUUACCCUCCAAACGACCCAUUUGCCAAAGCUUCAGUAUCCGGUGCGAUUGUCUUCUGUCGACGUGGAUGUUCGAAACACAAGCAAGAUAGCCAAGACCGCAGCCAAUAACAGCACAAGAAGGGGGGUGCAUGUUGCAGCUGACGAGUCCUCUUCUAAAGAAGGGUCUGUAAAUGAAGAUUCCGGUAUUGGAAGUCACCAAAGCACACUAAUAAAUAAUGGAGAAACUGACACACUACAUGGAGUUGAAAUUCUGGAGAGUAGCCCCACUUUUGGAUACAGGAGGAACAGAAACUUGCAAAAACCGAGGACUCUGGAAAUGGUCGUCAGUGGGCAGUGUUUUGAUGUUCAAGAUCUCAAGGACGAAGAUUGUUCUGAUCCAAAUGUAAUAACAGAGAUUUCCGUUAUUUCUUUGCCAAAGCCUAAUGCUGCACGGAUUGCCCGACCUGUUCAGCGACCAGGUGUAGCUCAAGGAAUUGUGCGGGAGAGGUCUAGACUUUAUCGUCAACAAGUUGCGCAAAGCAACCAGAACAAUGAUAACUCUUUGGAUACAUCUGUGUCCACACAUUCCGAUACUUUAAACAGUUCAGAGGGAUCAAAUUGUUCUGAAGUUCUUAAAGAGGAAGGAGAGGAAAAAGCAUUUCGAGACAGCUCUGGCAAUGAAAAGUCAGCACUCGAAAAAGCUGUUACCCCGGGGAGUAUGGAAGAAGAAGACUGGGGCCAUGGAGAAGCUAUGGCAGAAGAAUUUAGUAGUUCGAGUGAUGAUGCCUUUAACCAAUGCAAUUUUUCAACUUCGUCUUCUAGUCUUAAGCAAAGCAUUCCAUUUGCAGCUUCCAGUGCAGAAUUGAAAACAAAUCCAGUUAUACUUAAAAUAGAAGAUUCUAGAUUUGCAGCUUUUGCAGCUACAGCUUCCACAAACAUGAUAGAGGAUGAGAAAUCUCCUGUUGAUAGCUUAAUUAGCAGUGCCAGCGCACCGAGUAGUUCAGCUGAUGAUAUUUCGGAAGAGGAGCAGCAGAAGAGCCUCUUGCCUGAUGAUGGUCAAAAAGAGCAGGGCCCGGAUUGCGAUCUGAAUUCUCUACACAAGUCAAGCAACACUCUGAGUCCUGAAAGUCCAGGCACACCCACCAAUGCUUCAAAUUCCCUUUCUCUCUCUGAAGGGAGAGAUUUUCUUAUAGAUGAUGAAAUAGCUGAUCAACCAGGCCUGACUUUUGAUGAUGGUACAGCCACUGUUGGUCCAGAUAUGGCUACAUCAUCAGCUGGUUGUAGCAGUCUAAUUCUGUCAGUUACAGAAAAUGUUACUCUGGUGGAUACUCCUCCAAAUGCUGUAGUCCAAAGGUCCUCAGCUCCUGUGGAUGGAUCUCCAAGUCCUGCAAAAGGUCGUCGCAUUAGUCGCACUGGUUCUGUUGACACACUCUCUCCAUGUGAGAGUAUAGCUUCUGAUGACCUAAUGUUGGACUUCGAACGCAGUGAGAGAAGUGAAUUGGAUUGCACAGCAGAAAGUCACUUGGAUGGCUCUGCUUUGGAACGACAGCACACAUUGGAGUCAACCAAAUCCCUUGACCAAGGUACAGAUGAUUCUGCGGAAGAUCCUGUGAAAGAAUGGUCGGUUACUGCUAGCUCAUUGGUCAAAGAGGCUGGGCUGGUGACCGGGCGCUCGCGCCUCCUGCGGCCGCGCGCGGGCAGCACGCUCAGCACGCCCGACUCCCCGCGCGCCUCUGACUCGCGGCCGCGCGCCGUUGGCAGCCCGCUGCGCCCCCAGCGCGCGAGUGGAGGAUCAGAAUGUGAUGAUGGAGGGCUCUAUUUGGAUCGUCACACUUAUCAUUCAAUAUGUCAAGACAUUGUCAAUCAUAAAACAAUGCUUCUGAAGCUGAUGCGUCACCUGCAGAAAGCAGAGACUCUCAACCCAUUCGAUUCCUCUUUGAAGAAUGGCCUCUUCUACAAUCUGGCAAGUACUGAUACUCCUUCUGGGGGAGCUGAGGAGACAGGGCAAGGCCUCUCCUUGCAGGAAGAAGUUGCUGAUUUGCAACGACAGGUUGUAUUUCUGCAACAGCAACUUGAAGAGAAGGAGCAUACAAUUCAGUUACUGCAAAUACAAAUGACAAAAUACAGCAAUGCAGAAGUGACUGCUAAUGGUCCUAUUGCUAAAGAAACUUGCAAUGCUGCUACUCAAACUGAAAGGAUUAGACCCGUGUCUGCUGGUCCCUCUUUGUUGCAGCAACCUCUUCCCUCUGAUAGCAGUGGCAGACCUUUAGUGAGUUUGAAUGACACACGGAGUUGGCAGAGACAGCCAACAGUGGGCAGUCCUGCACCAGCGAAGUCAGCCACGCGCCUCCCCUUAAUGCGGCAGUGGAAGCGAAAUAAUAUUCCUCCCACAGAUUUGGGGGGCAGUGGGGAGCAAUCUCAGAUCCCAGUCAACAAGCAGAAUGCUCUGAACUUGGCCACGGCUGCUCUGCCCCAGAUGGCAGCUGCAACGGCAGAGAAUGUAGCGACUCUUUCUCCUGCAAGUUCAACAGACAGACAUGCUAUUCAUGUAACAACAAAAUGACCUUUAAUCUCGUCUUAAGUAUCAUUUUAGUUAUUCUCAAAAUGUGUAGCCGUUUUGACCUUUCUUUCCUUAAAAUGAUACUUAUGACGAGAUUAGGUAAUUGUGUGGUUGUAUAACCACGUAUCUUUCAUUAGAUUAAUUUUGUUUCGUAAUCCUUCUUGAAUGUUUGAGAAUACUACCAAUGAAUUGAAAAUUCUUUCAGUUAAGUCACACCUCUGUUCAGCUUGAUAGUGCCAGUGCUCAAGUUUUGAAAGUUUAUUUUUAGUUAUGUUAAUCUCUCUCUUGUAAAGAGAUCAUUAAAUCAGCAAAAUGAUGAAAGCCAAAUUCAGGAACUACUGUUUUCAUAACUUUCUGGCUCUUGGCUUGUCAUUCCAUCAAGCAUUAUAAUCCUUUUAUUGCAGCAUCAGUCAUUAACAGCAUGUAAGAGCCAAAUCUACUACUGAAUAGAGGUGAAUAUAAACCCUAUGAGCCAUCAGUAGUCUAGUUUUACAGUACUAUACUAAAAUGACUUGAAUGUGAGUGUAUGUGGAUGUAAAUAGAUGUUGUAAAGAUGUAUGGUGAGUUGUUUCUUAACUUUUAGGAACUGUUUGUAUAUACUGCAUAUAGAAUGAUAAUGAAAAAUUGACGUAACAGAAGUAUUAAUCAAUUAUGGUCUGCAAUGACUCCUAUAAACAUACUGAUUACUCUGGAAGAUACUUGUAUGUCUGAGUAAAUAUGUAGAUACUUUCAAGAUGAUUCCGUCUCUGGCUACAUAUUGGAGUGUGAAGAGAAAGAUUAAUAAAUCAUGUGAACAAGAAAUUCUGUAAUUUGAAUUGCAGUUGUGUUAGAUGUCAAAAAAUGUAGUUUCUCACUGGUAAUAUAUACAAUUCAUUACAAAGCUAUUUCUUCCAGUUUUUUAUUCUUUCAACAUUUUAUACCUAUAUUUGUAGAAAACUGUUUUAUUAAUUUUAUCUGGUAGGUUAUUGACAUUUGCAACAAGCAGAUAAAAUAGAAAUGAUUGAGUAAUGAAAUUAAUAUUAUGUUUCUUUCUAGGUUUAGCUGUUUGAAAUGUACAGUUUUAUAGGUGGAGCAGUAACUUUUUUUUUUCUUUUUUACCCACUUUUAUCUUACCCAGUAAAGAUUUGUAGAAUUUUGUUGUAAGUUUUGUAUUUUAGUUAUUGCUUAAAAAUCUUUGUAGUUAUAUUUUGUGAUUUUAUUUUUAGAUGCUAUAUUUUGAUAGUAUUUGAUUAACAUUAGUACUCUUUCUGUGGAAACUCUGGCAAAAGUGUUGUUUCUCAAUAAACCCAUACUUACAACAAACUUGGUAUUUAGUAAAUUUACAUGUCUGGUACUAUCUCUUUUACUAAGAAUUCAGAAAAAUUAUAAGAGCAAUAUUAAAUAAAUACUGUCUAUGUCUAUUGAUGGAUCAACACAAAAUGACUGAAGAUUCUAAAAUAAUUAUUCUCAAAGAGAAAUUCACAUGAUGUAUUCUGAAUGAUAGUAAGUACCUUCAGAAUUAGUUGGCUUACUCAAACUAAAGAGCUUCGUAUGGCCUUAUUAAAUAUGCAUAUGAUGACAAAUGCAUUGUAUUGCAUCGAUAUAUUAAUAUGUACAUAUAAACUUCUAUUCUGCAUACUUCUCUGCACUUUUGCAUGUCCUUUCUAGGUAUACUUUAAAUGCUCCUUAGUAUUACUUGAGUAAAUCUGUGAUAUAAAUGGUCUAUUAAUAUAUUGCCUGAUUUAUGACUGAUAAAGUUUAUGCUAAAACAACUGUUUUGUACCAAUUUCUAAUGAAUCCUUUGUUUAAAUGAAACUUGGCUACUGCAUGAUCUAUUUUUUCAGAAACUGUGCCUUGUAUGUAUUGAUCCUUACAUUUGUUUAAACUUGCUGCUGUUUUAUAUGCUUUAAUGAAACAAAUGCAAACACACAACUAAACGUAAUAUUUUGUGUAAAUUCUGACAGGAUUUCAGUGUAAUAUGAAAGUAUAUUUGUUAUACAUGUUAUACAUACUACAAGAUUUCAAGCACCUUGAUAUUGCUUUCUUGUGGCCAUUUCUUGCUCUUUUUCUAAGUCUAUCUCUGUAUUGUACAACUGUUAGGAAUGAAUGUAGAUAUUACAUUUCAGAAGGGGGCUCAGUUUAAUGAAUUUUGAAACUAUACUUAAUAUUCAAUGCUAUUCUGUUUGCAUCUUAAUUAAAAUUUACUGGUUUACAAAUUUUCCUGCUAGUUGGGUAAUUUAUUACAAUUUUUCACAAAGAAGUUUAAACACAUAACAGACUUUGUAGAAAUUUAGAUUGGUAUAAUUAAAAUAUUGGGUGGUUUUGUGUUGUUUUUUACACCAAUGAAAACUGUUCAUAUUCUCUUUAAAAUUUCCUUUAGUUGAUACUCUUUAAUAACUUCCGUUGUUUUAUAUUUAUGGCCUAAGAGGUGGAGUCAGAAUUUUGCCAUAAGAUUUGGUGGUGAGCUAUUUGCUUUGGGUACUGUGAUGUUUAUAAAUCCGUUCUAUUGCAGUGUUCUCAAGAACUUAAGCUUGUUAAAAAAAAAAACUGGGAGAAAUAGUAUUGUUUAUGGAGCAUUAUUUAAUACAAUCUGUGCUUGCUCAGCAGGCAAAAAUUGAAAUUUCUUGUUCAUUAAUGUUUUUUCGAUUUGAUUAUUAAUGUUUGCCUUCUGCAAUUAUAAAUAAUAUUUCAUUGAUAAGUAAUGCAAAACUUGAUCUGAGAAGUACUAUUGAAAGUUGAGUAAAUUUUUCAAACAUUUUUGUUCAGUGUUAUUUGUAUUUUAACUAUCAUUAAUAUCCAAAUAAUAUGUAUAAUAUAGCCUAAUUCAUGUAUAAAAUGUUUUUUAAACAUGUUUUUCACCAAAAGUUAGGAAAACAUGUAAACAAAAUGUACCAAAAAAUGAAAAUCAUAAGGAAGUUUCUGUCUUUGAGGAUGUUCAACAUCUGGUAACUAAAUAAUGAGAAAACUAUCAGGUAUUUAUUACUGUUAAUUUAAAUUUGUUAUUGAUAUGAUUCUAGUGCAAACAUUUGUUUUAAAUUGUGUUAUAAUGUUUUGUUUUCAAAUUUGUGCAUUGUAUAUAAUUUAGAAAUAUUAUUUAGAGAAUUUUUUGUCUUCUUUAGAAAUGGUUAUUAUUUUAAGUAAAAAUGAGGACAAUGAAAAUUGUUGUUUGUUUAGUACUUAAUUUAUUAAUACUUUUAUUUUUCAUGCAUUAAGUCUUGUACUUUCAAAACACGUGAAUCAAUUCCACCUGUUUUAUUAGCAAAAAAUCCAUGUAUAUGAGCAUGGCACGUGCAACCAGGAAACAUUUUGGUUAUUCGUAGAAAUCAGACACCCUUUUCAUAUCUCGUGAAAGUAUCAAAUAUUAUAAUGAAUGUGUGAAAGGUUUACUGUUAUGAAACACAAUGAUAUCCCAAUGUAAUGUAAUGAGUAUAUCAAAAUGUUUGAAUUAUCACUGUACUUCUUAAUUGAGAAUUUAUUUUGUGGUGGGUUGGCCUGAUCUCACAAUAUUUUUUUACAUUUUCCUUUUUGAUUUUAUGAAGCUCUUGUAUUCUAAAUAGUAGCAGAUACUUAAGUUGUACAGAAUAUUUUAAUUAUAUUAUUUAUGUUUUGUAUAUAUUUCUUUUGCAGUUAAGUUUUGAUACUAUUUAAUUCUGAAUUCAGUGUUGAAUCAUUGUUCCUCAUAGGAGUUAAUUAUUCAGGAUUAAUUGUUAUAUUUUGAUAAAAUGGUGCUUACUAUUAAACAUAAAUAGGUUUAUAGUAGUUUAUCCCAACAGAAUGACUGUGCAUAUGUAUUCAACAGUGUAUUUAGUUCAGUGUAACAGUCUGAUUAUCUGAGCCUGUUAAUGUUAUAAUGUAUAAGUCAGUGAUUCUGUGUGAAAAUGCAGGAGCUGAGAAGGUCCUCAUCUGUCCUUAACUAUAAUUUUGUGAAGUUACCAGUUUUGAAAUUGUUGAAGAAAAUAAACAGCACAAUUUGCUCUAGCUUCCUGAUGUACAUGAGGUAACCUCUUAUAAAUGAAUGACAUAUUUUAUUUCAUCUAAAUUAAAAAUAAACUACUGCAUUACAAAAUUAAUGUAUUUGAACUGAUCUCAUUACUAUGGCUGAUAUUCUAAAUUAAUGCCAUUAUUUGACUAUAGCACAAUUUUGUAUUGUGUGAAAGGAAAAGGUGUUUGUAACUCCCCCUCUCCCACAGUAGAGGUUAUUUCUUGCCAUUGUAUGUACAUAUUAGGUUUAGUGGCCAAUGGAGAAAGUUUGAAAUCUAUUGGAAUUACUCUUCCUCCUCUGUAUCAUGGUUAGUGCCCCUAGUAUGGACGAGAAGACUGGUGUAUUGCUGGAUGAGGAUUGCUGACAGUUUUGGCACAUUGAUGUAUGAAGACAAAAGGAGGAUGCCAAUCCAUUUAUGAAAUAGUAUUGAGCAUUGUAUUUUGUGAGGAUUUUCAGACCCGAAUAUCUUGAAUGAAGGGCAUUGACUGUUUGUAGCUUCUGCAUAUAAUAAAAUUUGUCUGUGGUAUCACCAACUUUUUAUCAUACUCUUGCCUUAUUGUUCCUCUUUUGUUGUAAAUUAGUUUGGAGGUAUGGAAGG